AUGCCUUUGUUCAAGUCUUCUAUGCUUGCGCAAUGGCUCGAUGGACCACUUGGAUCCAAUGAGCGCAGCAUGUUACUUGCCAUCUCGGCUCUGGUUGUCACAUUUCUAUGCGGUCGGAGCGAGUCCAUCAUCGGCAAUAGGCAAUGGGACACGGUCGCGCGUUUCUGCAUCGCAAAAAGCCUUUCUGUUCGAUCAGAGUACGACUUCGUUCUCGAUAGCUCGGUCUCGACACUUCUCGCUUCCUUCUUCAUCUCCAUCGCUUAUUUCGAAUUGCACGACAGUCACCACACUUGGUUCUAUCUGCGCGAAGCCAUCACCUUAGCUCAGGCACUUGGACUUCAUAAGAGUGAAUAUUACGAUGGCAUGAACUCGGCAGACGCUCUCUACAGUCGGCGAAUAUAUGACAUCUUGUUCGUCACUGAAAGGUCAUUCGCGAUAGCAAGACACAAGCCCGUUCUUCUAUUGCGUCCUCUAGAUCCUUCUCAAGGUGUUUCUGGCGAAGAGCACGAAAACACAAGCGAAAUUGACGUUGGAUUUCGUCAACUUGUCCGAGUCUAUUCCCAACUCGAAGUCGAAUUUCUCGAUGUUUGGAGCCAGCAAGGUUCAGUCAACCAGGGUCUCGCACGGAGACACGGUCGUCUUGAAUUAUCUCAAGAAUGCGACGCCUUGGCUGAAAUCCAGAAGGCUGAUAUAGUGGUCACGCAGCACUGGCUUGAGUUGGUAUCUUGGACGGCUGCGUUGCAGCAAAGUGAGCUUUCGAGUACGGCGGUGUCACGAUCAAAAUCAUUCUACUAUCCUGAGGACCUAGCCUCGUCUUUGUUGUGCGUGACAGCUUCCUUAUCUGUCAAGUCAAUCGAGAUCCACGGACUGGGCAUUGUGAGUGAUGUUCUGUUUCCACAAGCCGCCCAGACUGAUUGA